UGACGGCAGCUGAGGAGGGUGAGGGCGCUCCCCGCCCGCCCGGGCCCCGGCGCGAUGGAGGCGGCGUCGGUUCCCGCCGUCCCCUCCGGUGCCGUGGUGCCGGUUACCGCCCCAGGCACCGUCGUGGCGACGAAGAAGGGGGCGACCCCACCGGCCCCGAAGCGCCAGAAGAAGAUCCUGGAUGAGGAGGCCUACAUCGAGGGCCUAGAGAAGAUCAUUCAGCGGGAUUUCUUUCCUGAUGUGGAGAAGCUGCGAGCGCAGAAGGAGUAUCUGGAGGCUGAGGAAAACGGUGACUUGGAGAAAAUGAGACAAAUUGCUAUCAAGUUUGGCUCCUCCUUGGGCAAAUCAUCGAGGGACACACCUGCACCCUAUGUUACUCCAGCCACGUUUGAAACCCCAGAGGUGCAUCCAGGUGCCCUUCCUUCUGGGAAUAAGUCCAAAGCUGGCACCAAAGCUGCAGAGGAAGGAGAUGGAGAAAAAGAUGAUAAAGACGCACUUCCCAGCCUGGACAGCUUCUUAGCAAAGCACACGAGUGAAGAUAAUGCUUCGUUUGAGCAGAUCAUGGAAGUGGCCAAAGAGAAGGAGAAGGUCAAGCACGCUUGGCUGUACAGCGCGGAAGAGGAGUACACACAGCGACGAAAUGAGAACCUGGCACUUCCUUCAGCAGAGCAACAAGCCCUGGAGAAUGUGAAAGCCGGACUGGAGACCUGGGAGUACACGGCUCGGAACACCCUCAUGUAUUACCCAACAGGUGUUCCUGAUGAGGAGGAUGUAUUCAAGAAGCCCAGGGAAGUUGUCCAUCGAAACACCCGUUUUAUGAAGGACCCUUUUAGCCAAGCUGUGAGCAAAUCACAGCUCCAACAAGCUGCAGCCCUCAAUGCUCAGUACAAACAGGGCAAAGUGGGACCAGAUGGGAAAGAGCUGAUACCUCAAGAGUCUCCAAAAGUGAAUGGAUAUGGAUUUGUGGCUACCCCUUCCCCUGCCCCCGGUGUGAACGAGUCUCCUUUCAUGACAUGGGGUGAAAUUGAAAGCACCCCAUUGCGUCUAGAAGGGUCAGAAACGCCGUAUGUGGACAGAACACCUGGACCAGCCUUCAAGAUCCUGGACCCUGGCCGCCGCGAGAGGCUGGGGCUCAAGAUGGCCAACGAGGCGGCAGCGAAAAACCGAGCAAAGAAGCAGGAGGCCCUUCGAAAAGUGACAGAGAACUUGGCCAGCCUCACUCCAAAAGGACUAAGCCCAGCAAUGUCACCAGCUUUGCAAAGACUAGUAAACAGGACUGCGAGUAAAUACACCGACAAGGCCCUGCGAGCCAGCUAUACUCCUUCCCCGGCCCACACGGGAACUCCUGCUUACAAGACCCCAGCAAACGGGCCUCAUACACCCACGAGCACCCCACAAUCCAGGACAGUGUCUCAGACACCAGUAUCUCAGGAUACUACAUCCAUCACGGACAAUUUACUGCAGCUUCCAAAAAGAAGGAAGGCAUCUGAUCUCUUCUGAAUAUUCUGCUCAGCAGCAAGGCGGUAGCGAACGGGCUGUCUGCAGGCUGCUGCUGUGAGCCACGGGUAGUAAUGGGUGUUUAGAUCCUGCUGCCAGAAUGAAGCCAGCAGUUUCAAGACCUGGGACCAGCAUUACUCUAGACUAUGUAGCAAAAAUAGCCUGUGCUGUGCUUUUUGGAAGCAGAGUGUCUCCUGCUGUGUGUAACUUCCCUUUGAGCUGUGUAGGUGGGAUGCACAGGGCUGCUGUCGCAAAAGGAUCCUUCUUGCAGUGGCAGAGAAGAUUCUGGACUUUUGGAAAAUGGUGAUAAUUUUUUAAAGAUAUAUUUCUUUGUUUAAGAUGACCAUGCAUUUAAAUAACGUUUCUGUACAGAUAUGUCUAUUUAUAAAAUGCAGUAAGCAUUCCUAAA